UCAAGUUUCUCAAUUGCGAUAAGACCAUAAUGCUCUAAACUAUUGUGACGAUCGUUGGUCAGCGCUGAUAGUCCCAAAAGUUUGCCCGAAGAGGUUGCGCUGUUUUCUCUUCUAGUUUAAAAAAAUUUUUUUAAACUGCUUACUACGUUACACAAGUUUCACCUAAUUUUUUCCAUCGAACAUCGAAGAUGAUACCUCUGACGAUCGCUCUGCUUCUCGCAGUGGUAACGAGAGCUUCCGCUGUUAACCUUCCGGAGUACAUUCACGUAUGCAAGCGAAGGGAUCCCAACGUAGAGAACUGCAUAUCCCAAAGCGUGGAGUACCUUCGGCCAUAUCUGGUGAAGGGAGUUCCAGAGCGCAACAUACCAUCUCUGGAGCCUCUCCUCCUGAAGGAAUUGGUCGCUGCUGAAGGAACAGGAAUCAGAAUCUCGGCGCGGAACGUCCACGCCUAUGGAGCCAGCGAUUUCACAGUCAAAAGGCUCAAAAUCGACCUCGACAAGUUGAGGUUUGAGGUGGACAUCAAUCUACCGCACUUGUACAUAGACGGCAUGUACGAAAUCGCAGGAAGAGUGUUGCUGCUUCCGAUAUCGGGAACGGGGCCAAUGCAAGGUAACUUCACCCAGUGUACCGGAGCAGUGCGUAUGCAGGGAGCGUUGCGGAAGGACAAAGCUGGCGAGGAUCACCUGUACUAUUCAGAUUUCCGUAUGAAGAUCUCGAUCGGCAAGGGGAACCUCCGACUGGAGAACCUUUUUGGAGGAGAGCGAACCCUUGGCGACGUUGUGAACGCGGCGAUAAACAACAACUUCGACGCCUUCAUCAGGGAACUGAAGCCUCUGAUAGAGAAGGCUUUGUCGGAGUCGUUCCUGGAAAUUUCGAACAGAAUCGUCGAGCCUUUUACGUACAAACAAUUGUUCCCGGACAAUUAAAGAUCGACGUGAUAGAACGUUGAAGUAGGAAAUUUUUAAGAUAUCGAUAACGAUCACCGUUUCUUUUUUUUUUUAUAAAGCGCGCGGCUUAAAUGACGUGGAGAAUUUUUGAAAUCCUCAUCUAUUACAUGCACUUGACAUGCAGGCUCGUUUGAACGAGCAUCAAUCCUCGAAAAUUAGUUUAUAAGAUAUCGAUGAACUGACGAUAUUCACUAAAAUAUAUAUAAUUAAUAUAUAAAUAGAUUAUGGUUCUAGGUACAGGUAAAUUUUAUACUUAAAGAGCAUGUAAUAUCUGUCAUUAUACAUACCUGUAAGAUAUUGACAGAUAUAUGUGAAAUAAAUUUUUCCCAUUACCAUUUACCGAGUCAAACGAUUACGUGAACUUUGUAGUUCACGAUCGACUUACCACAAUCUUUUUGCGACAAGAAAAAGAUGAUGAAAUAAUUGCAUCGCCGCCGGGUGAUGUGCGUAUAAUAUUAAAAAAAAAUAACAAGCAUGCUCUUCGAAGGUGUUAAAUGGCAGUGCACACGCAGCGGAAUAACAAACCGAUGCAUAGAUAUAAGACAAUUAAUAAUCUGAGGAGACCCGCCGAACACGAAUGAUCAACGGGUGAUUAUGCGUAAUAAUCUUGAACCGAAGGAAUAGAGAGGAAAUAAAAACAAAAACCUGUGGAGCGAGGAUAACAGGUUUGGUUGUAUAAUAAUAGUUACCGGAUAGUAAACGCGGGUGGUAAGUUAAACGAUUAAUUUUUUUUCGAAUCCGUUUUUUCUUCUCCAUUUUAUUUGUUGGGCCAUAGCUCGGCGCAUGUUUCUUACAAAUCAACAAGUCCAGUACGUCGUUAUACCUCUAUCUCUAAUUUAAAUCUACAAUGGCAUUAAACGGCGCGAAUCUUACGCGUAAGGAGGAACGAGUUUUACGCUACCUAAAUAAUAAUUUGAGUAACGCACUCGCGAGGCGUAGCUUUCUCAUGUAACCAACGAGUUUGUCAUCCCAUGUUAAUCAUUCUAUAAUAAAACGCGUUGAAGACCUGCCGUCCGAAUAAACGAAUACCCAAGAAAGUGCAGGUUAUCGAUAGUUAUUGUACAAGCUGCCCACCCAUCAAUGAGCAAUAUUCGCUGAACCCUUGCGAGUAAACAUUUUUCGACGCCCUCCGAUCAACUCUUCUCCUACAU